CGGCAGCAUUUCUAAUUUCAGUAGACACCUUCACUCAGUGGUGGUGACUUCGACACUCGAACAAAUUCGUGGAGCGAAUUUUCAGUGUUUCUUAAAUUUUUUACAAUGGAAGAACGGACUUUACAACCAUUUAUUCACGCGAGCAAAGUGUGUGACUUUUCAUUUUUGUGCCAAAUUAGUGAUAGUUUAUAGCAGUAGGUUUUUGUAAAUAACUCAUAAAAAUGGAGUUUAGAAAUUACGGAACUUGUAUUGAACCAACAGUAUUAACUGGAAAAAUGGAAACGAUCCCCGUUGUUCAUAGAAGAAUCUCACGCCACUAUGAAGGGACUAAAAUGCUGGGAAUGUGCAGAACUUCUUUUUUGUUCUCCGUUUAUUUGAUAAUUUAUGUGAUGUUUUUGUUCAGCGGUGCUGCCGUGUUUAGUGUGUUAGAAACUCCCCCUGAAAGGGCUACCAAAGCAAGGGUAGAUGGGGCUAUACAGAAAUUUUUGAACGAUAACCCAAGUGUGUCAGAUCAAGCUCUUGAAGAACUAAUUAGUGAAAUAGUAAAAGCUAGCAACCGAGGUGUCUCAGCAGCUAGAAAUGCUUCUGGGGAGCCAAACUGGAGUUUUGGACAAUCAUUGUUCUUCUCUAGUACAGUAGUGACGACAAUAGGAUAUGGUCACGUAACACCAUUAAGCAGAAGCGGCAAAAUAUUUUGCAUGCUGUAUGCUAUGGUAGGGAUUCCAUUAACACUAGUCCUUCUCUCUGCUUUGGUUGAACGACUGCUAAUUCCGACUGUGUGGUUACUGCAAUGGCUGAAUUCACGCCUUGGGCAUUUGUAUCAACCUUUCAACAUUCGUCUUUUGCACCUAUUUAUCAUAGUGCUAAUCCUGAUCGGAUUAUUCCUCCUCACCCCAGCUGCCGUUUUCGCAACCUUAGAACCUGAGUGGGACUACUUAGACUCUCUUUACUAUUGCUUCAUAUCGCUAACAACGAUCGGAUUGGGCGACUACAUUCCGGGUGACUCCGCUAACCAACCCUAUAGACCUUUGUAUAAAAUAGCAACAACUGGUUAUCUCUUCUUGGGGAUAACUUUCAUGAUGUUGACAUUGGCUGUUUUCUACGACAUACCUCAGCUUAAUUUGGGGUUACUCUUCAGCAGCAGUGAUGAAACCAAUAUGGAGAAGGUGAGAUUGGCCGGUGCCGGCAUGGGACUGCAGUAUGGAGCUGGAUCUGUGUACAGUCCGGGCGACGACAAUAGUCAUCGGCAAGUUGUCAGAGUCAGAUCAAGAAGAGAUGACAGCCCUAGUCCUGAUGAAGCGCCGCAAAUGAAAGAAUUUCAACUUCCUUGAGGGUGCACAAUUUUUGUAUGAACCAAUGGGAAUGGAACUGAUUUUCCUUUGUUUUUUUCAUAGUAAUUAUAUAAAUGACUUGAGAAUUUGUCUCUGAUGAAAUGUUACUCAAGUUAGUCCAACCAGACUUGUAGUAGGAAUUAAUAAAUGUUCGCCACAACACCAAUACGUUUACAAAAGCCUAUUCCACGCAACUAUGAUGUAGUAAUCGCAAUUGCACUGAAUUAACUUAUUAUCUAUCUUAUGAUCAGUACCUACGAUGUAGUUAAUUUAUAAUUUGCCAAAAUAUUAUAAUAAAAAAUAUUUUUACGAGAUUUUAAUAUACAUUGUUUAUUUUUACAAAAAUUAUAUUUAGAAAGGAACUGUAUCAAUCAACAUUCUUAUGUAUUAUUGUGUAGGUUGUAAGACUCUCAUCUGUCUCAAUUACUUGUGGACCAAAUAAACGAAAAAAUAAACACAUUA